UUUACACACGCAACACAAGCUCUCUGUUACAAGCGUGUUCUUAGAUCAGAAGCGGCGCUAGGUUUCUUUCUCUGUCAAGAAUCUCUUUGGUUUGAGAACUAUGAGGAUGUAUUGUUUUCAGACUACGAUGACUUCAUUUCUAAAUAUGAAGAUGAAGAUGAAGAUGGCGAACCUGAUAUUGGUCCCGGGUUUGAGUGGAGUUCUGAUCCCCUCCUCAAAGACCCCUAUCCCUACCCCUCCCCCUACCAUCGACUCCAACCUUCAGCCUCAGCCUCAGAUCAUAGAGCUAGACCCAUUCCAUGUGCCAAAAUGGCUCUCAGAUAUGAGCAAUGUGUGGGUCUUUUCCUUUUUCUUAGGAAAAGAAGAAUAAAAGGCUUUUUAAAAAAAAAAAAAUUAAACUUGCUUGUUCCUCAGAUUUCUGAGGAGCAACGAUAUGAAUAUUCUGUCUAUGGAGAGAUGCUGUUAGACCGCUACAACCAAGUUAAGGGCACGGAUUUUGAAUUUGUGAGACUUGUGAAGAGGAAACUAUUUUUCGCCGCUGGUGUAAGUUUUAAAAUUCAAUUUGAGGCCAAGCCCAGAGCUGCUGCUGAGUACACCCUGAAAACUUUUGAAGGUUUCGUGUUCAAGGAUUUUGUCUAUCAUAAAGUGUGGCCCCAGAGUUGUCGACUAGUAAGCCCUAAUCGUGACUCUGUGUAUGAUGAAGAAUAUCGCCAUCCCAAUGAUGAAGAAUAUCGCCGUCCCAUGUGCACUUAUGAAUGGUAAGCGACUUUGGUCCUCCGAGUUUGCACUUAUGAAGUGCUUGAUGGUUGGGUGGUGAUCGUAAUUGAUUGUAUUAACUUUCUGUUUUUUGGUUUGAAUGACCUGCAACCAAUAUUGGAAAUUUUAUAUAAUCAAAAUU